UCCCCACCCCGCCCCCGCGCUUGCGCAGAGCUCUUCAAAGCAGAAGGUCGCGCUUGGAGGAAGUGGCGGCUUUGGGUCCCGUGGCCGCCGCGCCGUUACUACUUCUCGGAAGCUCCGCUCGGCCGCUUGCCGAGACACCCCGCCGCCAAGAUGCCUCGAAUUAUGAUUAAGGGGGGCGUGUGGAGGAAUACCGAGGAUGAAAUUCUGAAAGCAGCGGUGAUGAAAUAUGGGAAAAACCAGUGGUCUAGGAUUGCCUCACUGCUGCAUAGAAAGUCAGCAAAGCAGUGCAAAGCCAGAUGGUAUGAGUGGCUGGAUCCAAGCAUUAAGAAAACAGAAUGGUCCAGAGAAGAAGAGGAAAAACUCUUGCACUUGGCCAAGUUGAUGCCAACUCAGUGGAGGACCAUCGCUCCAAUCAUUGGCAGAACAGCUGCCCAGUGUUUGGAACACUAUGAAUUUCUUCUGGAUAAAGCUGCCCAGAGAGACAAUGAAGAGGAAACAACAGAUGAUCCACGAAAGCUUAAGCCUGGAGAAAUAGAUCCAAACCCAGAAACAAAGCCAGCACGGCCUGAUCCGAUUGACAUGGAUGAGGAUGAAUUGGAGAUGCUUUCUGAAGCUAGAGCCCGCCUGGCUAAUACUCAGGGAAAGAAAGCCAAGAGGAAAGCAAGAGAGAAACAGCUGGAAGAAGCAAGGCGUCUUGCUGCCCUCCAAAAGAGACGAGAACUUCGAGCAGCCGGCAUAGAAAUUCAGAAGAAAAGAAAAAAGAAAAGAGGAGUUGAUUAUAAUGCUGAAAUUCCAUUUGAAAAAAAGCCUGCUCUUGGUUUCUAUGAUACUUCUGAGGAAAACUACCAGACUCUUGAUGCUGAUUUCAGAAAGUUAAGACAGCAGGAUCUUGAUGGGGAGCUGAGAUCUGAAAAAGAAGGACGAGAUAGAAAAAAAGACAAACAGCAUUUGAAAAGGAAAAAAGAAUCUGAUUUACCAUCAGCUAUUCUUCAAACUAGUGGUGUUUCUGAAUUUACUAAAAAGAGGAGCAAGCUAGUACUUCCUGCCCCUCAGAUUUCAGACGCAGAACUCCAAGAAGUUGUAAAAGUAGGCCAAGCAAGUGAAAUUGCACGUCAGACUGCUGAGGAAUCUGGCAUAACAAACUCUGCUUCCAGUACUCUCUUGUCUGAGUACAAUGUCACCAACAACAGCAUUGCUCUGAGAACACCACGAACGCCAGCUUCCCAGGACAGAAUUCUGCAGGAAGCCCAAAACCUCAUGGCUCUGACCAACGUGGACACCCCAUUAAAGGGUGGACUCAACACCCCUUUGCAUGAGAGCGACUUCUCAGGUGUGACACCACAGCGGCAGGUUGUACAGACUCCAAACACAGUUCUUUCUACCCCAUUCAGGACUCCUUCUCAUGGAUCUGAAGGGCUGACUCCCCGGAGUGGGACGACUCCCAAACCAGUUAUUAAUUCCACCCCGGGUAGAACUCCUCUUCGAGACAAGUUAAACAUUAAUCCUGAGGAUGGAAUGGCAGACUACAGUGAUCCCUCUUAUGUGAAGCAGAUGGAAAGAGAAUCUCGUGAACACCUCCGUUUAGGAUUGUUGGGUCUUCCUGCUCCUAAGAAUGACUUUGAAAUUGUUCUACCAGAAAAUGCCGAGAAGGAACUGGAAGAGCGUGAAAUAGAUGAUACUUACAUUGAAGAUGCUGCUGAUGUGGAUGCACGGAAGCAGGCCAUACGAGACGCAGAGCGUGCAAAGGAAAUGAAACGAAUGCACAAAGCUGUCCAGAAGGGUCUGCCAAGACCGUCAGAAGUAAAUGAAACAAUUCUAAGACCCUUAAAUGUAGAACCACCUCUAACAGAUUUACAGAAAAGUGAAGAACUGAUCAAAAAGGAAAUGAUCACAAUGCUUCAUUACGACCUUCUACAUCACCCUUAUGAGCCAUCUGGAAAUAAAAAAGGAAAAACUGUAGGAUUUGGUACCAAUAAUGCAGAGCACAUUGCCUAUCUGGAACAUAACCCUUAUGAAAAAUUCUCCAAGGAAGAGCUGAAAAAGGCUCAGGAUGUUCUGGUACAGGAGAUGGAAGUGGUCAAACAAGGUAUGAGCCAUGGAGAACUCUCAAGUGAAGCUUAUAACCAGGUGUGGGAAGAGUGCUACAGUCAAGUUUUGUAUCUUCCUGGGCAGAGCCGCUAUACCCGGGCCAACCUUGCUAGCAAAAAGGACAGAAUUGAGUCGCUGGAAAAGAGGCUUGAGAUAAACAGGGGUCACAUGACGACAGAAGCCAAGCGAGCUGCGAAGAUGGAAAAGAAGAUGAAAAUCUUGCUUGGGGGUUACCAGUCUCGUGCGAUGGGGCUCAUGAAACAGCUGAAUGACUUAUGGGACCAGAUUGAGCAGGCUUACUUGGAGUUACGCACUUUUGAAGAGCUCAAGAAACAUGAAGAUUCUGCUAUUCCCCGGAGGCUAGAGUGUCUAAAAGAAGAUGUUCAGCGACAGCAGGAAAGAGAAAAGGAACUUCAGCAUAGAUAUGCUGAUUUGCUGUUGGAGAAAGAGACUUUAAAGGCCAAAUUCUGAAGCAUCUUCUCUCACAAGCUGAAUUAAUUGCUGGUGUUCAGACCCUGGAAGGCUGAAACUGCUGUUUAUCUUCAUUGACAAAUUUGCCCGCCAUCUGUGGUUUUUCGAUUAUUUUCAAUGAUACCAAUCUUACGCAUUUAUGUGUAAAGACUUUAACUCCACAGGACAUUUUAGGGUUUAAAUUAUUAAGACGAUCAUUCUUUUAGCAGUGUCUUAUUUGCAAAUUUUUUUAGUUUUGGCCUUUAAUUUUAAAAGCCUGAUUUUAAAGUGCUGCCUGUGAGUAAACUCUUGAA